GUGGUUUCCGGUCUCACACCCCGACAUUACAACAACAAGACAGGCAGACGAGCCGAGUCGAGCUGGGACGGUGAGACGACCGGACUGAAGGACUGAACAGAAAUCAUCAAACUGAACACAGAAGAAAUCCCUUCAGUACAGAGGGAGUCCACCACCUGCCCCCACAGAUGAGGCCCAUGUUGUGAAGGGGGAACCACCGCCCCCCAGCCCACCGACAGGACUGUUUGAGGUGUGUCUGAGAUCGGGAUGGAGAGGAUUUGAGGAACCUUGGUCCUCAGGUGAAUCCUGAGUUGUAACUAAGCUCAGCUGAGCUCAGAUUCUCCAGAGCCCACCCUGAGAGUAAUAUGAGCCAUGGACUCUGGGGCUCUUGAUAGUCCUGUAACCUUGGUCAUUAAGGCCCCCAACCAGAAGUAUGAAGACCAGACCAUCAACUGCUUCCUCAACUGGACUGUGGAGAGGCUGAAGAGCCACAUCUCUAAAGUGUACCCCAGCAAACCGCUUUCCAAAGACCAGCGGCUGGUGUACUCAGGGAGGCUCCUUCAGGAUCACCUGCAGCUCAGAGAUGUGCUCAGAAAGCAGGAUGAAUACCACAUGAUGCAUCUAGUGUGUGCCUCUCACAGCCCCCCAGCCUCGCCCAUGCCUCGGAGCCCCUCCAUGGCCAGCUCUUCAGCCUCCGACUCCAGCAGUUCAGACAAUGCUGGCUCCCCCUCACCUGCCAACACACCGAAUCAGGACAGCCAGCCAGCCUCUUCUUCCUCCUUUCCUUCUGUCCCGAGGAGCUACGAUGGUCUGAGGUAUCGUGGCGGCUUUCCCCAGUACAAUCCUCACAUCCCGUCUGCUGUCCCUCAGUGGCCCAAUGGAGCCCAGGUCCCUCUGCAAGGCGGCCUUCCUGCCAACAUGCCCCCCCACCCCAUGUACAUGCCCAUGCAGAUGCUGUGGUGGCAGCAGAUGUACGCACGCCAUUACUACAUGCAAUACCAAGCUGCAGUAGCCGCCUCUCAGCUUCCUCCAACCCCCCCUCCUCCCUCUCCCACCCCCUCCUCACCUAUUCAACCCCCCCAGCCCAACGAGGCUGUGCAGCCCCCGCUAGGACCGAACCCCGACCCUAACCCUCUACCAGAGAACCAGCCGGCCAACCCCAACAUCCAGAUGAACGCACAGGGUGGGGCGGUGUUGAACGAUGACGAGCUGAACCGAGAUUGGUUGGACUGGUUGUACACGGUGUCUCGUGCCGGCGUGCUCCUUAGCAUUGUUUACUUCUACUCGUCCUUCAGCCGCUUCGUGAUGGUGGUCGGUGCCAUGCUGUUGGUCUACCUGCAUCAGGCUGGUUGGUUCCCCUUCAGGCUGGAACAGCCUAACCCCAGAGCAGGAGACGGACCUCAAGCUCCUCAGGAGGAGGCAGAGAGACACCAGGACAUGCAGGAAAUGGAACGUCUGAUGGAUGAUGGUUUAGAGGACGAUGACAGUGGGGAGGAGGGAGGUGGAGGGCAUGAGGACCAGGCUGCUGCUGCUGCUAUACCUGAACCAAGCUUCCUUACUACCGCGUGGUCCUUCAUCAGCACCUUCUUCACCUCGCUCAUCCCAGAGGGACGACCCAGGGCGGCCAACUAGACGGAAUCCAACCUGCUGCCCUUCUUUCUCAUUUCCCCCUCGUCCUCUUGCCAGCAGGUACCGCUCUGCAGAAAUCUAACCGUCUUUAACACCUCAAAUAAACUUCUUCAGAUAAGCAAACAUGCUCAAAUACCCUCUUUUUUCAAGACCAGCUGGUUCAGCUCGAACCAGUCAGCUUCAAACCUCCAAAAAGCUGCCAACAAACGGAGCGAUUCUUAAGCUAGUACCCUGAAGUGUAAGAGAAGAGUUCUGCAGGAGAAGAAAAGGAUAUUCAGAAAGUAAAUAUUGCGCUGUGUUAACAGGUUAAAAGCUUCAGCAGUGGAUUUUUUUUUUCUCCAUUGGUGGUGAAUUCAUUUUGUCGUGAGAAACUGGACGGAGCUGUCUUCCAUUUAAAGCAGUGAAAAUAAGGAUGUUAAGACUUUUUAAAGAGGGAUGUGGUGACAUAAUAAAGAAAAGAAAUCUCCUGAAGUAAAAGGGGAACCUUGUGUCCUUAAAUCAUAAAAAACCACAUCCCUAAAGACAUUUUCAUGUAUGCACAUGAUGUGCAUAUUGACAUUGCAGCUACUGAAGCACAUUGUUUUCCCACUUUGUGUAUUUGAACAUUAUCUAUUUACACAUGUAAGUAUAUGCAUCUUUAAUUCCUGAAUAUAAGCAUUUUUUUGGAAUAAAAUCUUGCUGCGGUUUGAA